AAACGAUCUCAUCGCCAGCCCUAAUUUUUUUUUUUCUUUUUGAUUCUCUCGAGUUCUUCAUAUCUGAACCAUGCCAAGUGUCUGGGGGAAGAGGACACACUUAUUGUGGAAAGCCGACAGAUGGCUCCCCGACAAGUAUGAGGAACCUGGUUUUAUUUGUCUGUCUCUCGGUUUAUCUGUUUCAAGAAGGGGUUUUUCUAAUGAACAUAUUAGAGUUUACGGUAACUCGGACAUAUUCUCGGAAGACUUGGAACAUGAGUAUUUCUUGAGUCCUGAAUGCGACAAUAUUUUAAGAUUUUCGAAAGAAGAGGCACAUCAAAUAAACUAUAUGAUGUUAGUGGAUGCUGUUUUAAUGGCUUCACACGAUGACGAUCACGUAUCCCCGUUGGUGAUCAUCACAAAAUUGGCACAAGACACAGAGAUGAUCUGUAGGGUGCUUGCUUCUUUGACAAGCAGAGGCUUCCCUGUUUUAUUUGCACUGCCUGAAGCACCACAAAGUAAUUUUGGAAUCACUGUAUCCUCCAAUGUGGUUCUUGGGCCUGAGAGAAUCCCAGUGUUGCUUUGUCCACACCUAUUUGACCUACUUGACCACCUAGAGCAUGAGGAAGAAGAUGAAGAUGUAAAGCAUAGCCAGAGAUAUUUUAUUGAGCUCCCACCUCCCGAUGCCCAUACCAAAAGUUUCUCCAUGCCUCAGGGUGUUGAAACAUGCGUCUUCUGGGAUGUCUCUGAUUACCCUCUCCCUCUCGGUCUACAACUCCCUGUGUUUUAUGAGAAUAUCUUAUCAGCUGUUCGUGCUCUUGUUCCUUGUCCUUGUGGUGGUAUCUCAAUCUAUGCCUAUGUUGACAAUGACGAGUUUGACUAUGAAGAUGCCCGAGUCUUAAUCACCGUGGUACGCAAUUCUCCAGCCGACAAAUUUUCAAGAUUGGCUAAGAUGACAAUGGACUUUCUUUUGUGGUCAAUUGACAAUCCUGCUGAUCCUCACGGUACUAGAGGCCCUAAUUUGCUCUUAAUCUCGAAACUCUUGCAAGACGACGAAUUGAACUGCCUGCAUAAACUUGAUAAUUUGAGUACUAACGGUCUCAAUGUUUUCUUGACAUCUGAAAAAAUCCCACGAAAAGUGAAUUAUGUUCAUUUAUUGUCUUGGCAAGACCUAUCAGCAGUUGGAAAGCUCAAGAGCAGAGAGGAUACUCAUUACUAAUUUUCUGUGUGGUUCUUUGUCUUGUUUUAACUCCAAACUGCUUAAUUUCUCUCUUUUCAAUGAAUGUUUAAUUGGAUUCAAAUAAAAAAAAAAGUUUUUUUCAAUGAGUGUGACUUGUUUGAGU